AUGAGGGCAGCUCUUGCCCUGCUGCUGCUGGUAGCCGCCGUGCACGCCGAGCACCGAGGUAAAGCUUAUGUCCGGGACAAAGUCUGCCAGGAGUUUAAGACCCUGGGGAAGGAGAACUUCCGAACCCUGACCAUUAUUGCCAACAGCAGGAAAUAUUCCAAUGCCACCUUCGAGGAGAUCAACCACCUUGUCCAUGAAAUCGUCUCCCUCGCUGAGACCUGCUGUGCUGACAGUGCUGACCCCUCCUGCUAUGAUGCUGGGUCCUCAGCUCUCUCAGCCAAGUCCUGCAGCAAGGACUCACCAUUCCCGGCUCACCCCGGCACCGCUGGCUGCUGUGCCCACGAGGGACUGGAGCAGAAGCUGUGCCUGGCUGCACUGCGGCACCCGCCCCAGGAGCUGCCCCACUACCUCCAGCCCUCCAACGAAGAGAUCUGCCAGGCCUUCAAGAAGGACCCCAAGGACUUUGCGGACAGGUUUCUGUAUGAGUAUGCCAGCACCUACAGUGAGGCACCCCUGCCCGUGCUCCUGGGCUCCACCAGGACCUUUCUCUCCAUGGUCUCCACAUGCUGCAUCUCCCCCAUGCCCACCGCCUGCUUCCUGAAGGAGAAACUGGAAAGGAAAUCCCUCUCCCUCCUCACCCUGAUGUCGAACCGGGCUUGCUCCCGCUUCGUGGCGUAUGGAAAGGACAAGCUCGCCUUCAGCUACCUCACCUCGCUUGCUCAGAAGAUGCCCAGUGCUUCCUUUGAGGACCUUUUCCCCCUGUCAGAAGAUGCGGCUGAGGUGUUUUCCCAGUGCUGUGGCUCAGUGGCUGAGGACUGCAUGCAGAAGAAGUUAUCGGAGCACACAGCCAAAGUCUGCGCCGUGCUGUCGGCCCGAGAUGAAAGGUUUGCCGACUGCUGCAAGGGCAAAAACCUGAUGCAGAACUACUUCUGCAUCUCGGCCUUGCCACCAGCGCUUGCCUCCAAACUGCCUGAAGCACAGAAGCCAACGAAUGAGCAACUCUGUGGCGAGGAUGCGGCUCGCUACGCCAAGAGGUACCUGUUUGAGCUGGCACGGAGACACACCAACAUCCCUGACGUCUUCCUCAGCCAGCUAUAUGCUGCCUCUGAAAAAGUCCGGGAGGAGUGCUGCUCUGCCAAGGAUGCUUCUGCCUGCCUGGACAGCAAGCGCCAGCAGAUGGGACAAGAGCUGCCCCCCUUCCUGGAAAAGGCCGACAGGCUCUGCAGGCAGUACACUGAGUUAAACUUCCUCGACUUCAAGAAGAG